AUGACCGUUUGUGAUGAUUACUGGUAUCUGCGAGAAGCAAGGGUGGUCUGCAGGAUGCUCGGGUUCGACGGAGCCUUGGAAGCACCUGGUUCGGCUAGGUUUGGGCAGGGAGCCGCCCACCCGAAUCCAUUUGAAGUUCGUCUUAUCAAUGGAUCAAACGACGCUGAAGGCAGAGUAGAGGUACUGCACGACGGCUCGUGGGGAACUAUCUGUCAUUAUGACUGGGAUCUGAGAAAUGUGAACUCACACACACUGCAGCGUUACUCCAGGAAGCUCAACACCGGCGCCGCAGGCGUCGGACGCCUACGAUACCGCAGUUACGAAAGGCGUGAUUCUUUUGAAGGUGUACGUCUCGUCAAUGGCUCCAACAAUGCUGAAGGAAGAGUGGAGAUCUCUUACGGAGGAUCGUGGAUGACUGUUUGUGAUGAUAACUGGAAUCUGUUAAGAGCAAGGGUGGUCUGCAGAAUGUUGGGGUUCGACAGAGCCUUGGAAGCACCUAGUUCGGCUAGGUUUGGGGAGGGAACCGGUGAUAUUCUGUAUGUCGGGUGGUGUGAAGGAACAGAAGAGAGCCUGGCAGAUUGUUCAUCCGUGGGGACAACCUAUUCAUGUAGGCAUAACGAGGAUGCGGGUGCCGUAUGUUAUUCAGGGGCCCACCCGAAUCCAUUUGAAGUUCGUCUUAUCAAUGGAUCAAACGACGCUGAAGGAAGAGUAGAGAUACUGUACGAUGGCUCGUGGGAAACUAUCUGUCAUUAUAACUGGGAUCUUAGAGACGCGAGGGUGGUUUGUAGAAUGCUGGGGUUUGAUGGAGCAUUGGGCGCACCGAGGUCUGCAAGAUUUGGUCAGGGCUCUGGUCGAAUUCUUCUGACUUGGGUCAACUGUGACGGAACUGAAGACAACCUAGCAGACUGUGCUCAUCGAGGGAUUAGAGAUUAUAGUUACUGUGGUCGUAACGGUUCCACGCUCGGUGGCAACCUGUAUCGCAUUGAGAGGUUGACCCUUCACUGCCAAUGCACAAGUCGGUGA